AUGCAAACUCCCGACGACCUUCCCUGGCCAGAGUUGGGCAACGUCUCCCGCGGCGCAACACGCGGCAACCAAGGGCAAAAGGGUGCUUUGAGCCCUCCAGAUCAGGACGGGCGCUGCGUGUUGCAACUACGAGUGCAGCCCGGUGUUCUCUGUGUAAAGUUAAACCGGCGAUCGAGCGAGUGGUAUCGCACUCUCGACGGUGAGGUCAACAGAGCUCUCAAGCUCACGAAGACUGAUGCUCGGGCAGACCAGGAUCACAUGGAGCUACACGAGUGGCUGCAACAACUCAAAGACAAGACCAUGUCCCACCUCGAAAUUCUCAUGCAGAAGGGUGAUAUCCCAGGGCCUUCGUAUGUCAUGCCAGAGGACAUGGAACUGAGCUUUUUGCGAAAAUUCAUUGAGCGACAUAACGCGGGCAUCCCCCAUAACCCACGGCUGCGACAUCUCGGACCUAACGCCCCACAACCCGCACACAUUGAAGACUCUAUGGAGUUGUCUACCCCCGAAUUGUCUGACCAAGGAUACCCAGCGUCAACCUUUGUUGAUCAGAUGGCGCGAAUGCAAUCAGACAGCGCGCCAAGUGUCAGUUCUACUUUUAUUCAUUCGCCCGGAACGUCCGGCCGUCCACAAUUCACCCGAACUUCAACAUCACCUUCUGCUGCAACCUACGAACAACUCGUACAGGACGCUCAAUCAUCAGACCAAUUUCUCCAGGAUGCACGGGCUGCACUUUCUCGGACUCAAGCGCACACGCAGGAAGCUUUUCAGCGGUAUACCGCAUGCCUAGAAGCCGAAGCCCGUGCAAGGAGGGAUGUAGCCGUUGCUGAACAGCAUCGCGACGAGCUAAUGUCUGCCAUCCUUUCGCGGGCACAAACAUCCAUAGAAUAUGCUCGGCAUUCGUCUUCUCUGGGGCACGAAGAAGUCGGAGCAUCGCAACAUAAUCAAACGGAGUAUGCAUCACAUCACAUGGCAGAACGCAGAACCUCCGCCGACGUGAUGCCAACACACAACAGCCCCAGACCUAUGGAUUGGCGACAAGCGGAAGUACCCAAUACAUAUCCGGGAGGACUCGAGGCUAUCCCACAGUCCGAGAUUCGGUCAUCAAGCGAUCAAUCCUUCAGGCCAGAGCGCAAGCACUCGCGGAGCUGGGAGCCGGUUGGGCACGUUGAUAUGGCGUCGGGUAUGCAACAAAUGAUGCCAGAUAUGUCGGGCAUACCGCCACGAAAGCGACCGCAUCAUAUGACAGGCCCAUCUAUUCACAGUGGCGCUGUGAUAUCUCAGACUGCCAUGUCACUGCCUCUAUGA